AUGAACUGGAUUACUUUGUUGAAGUACCAGUGGUUUGGUAAGAGUUGGGAACCAUAUGUGGCUGAUGAUCUGGCCUUGAUUAUACAUCUUUCAAGGUUCAAGAUGUCUAUGGUGUUUUCCAAUUCAAGGUUGAAUAUAGAGAAUUGGGCACACAAGCUUAAGCCUAUCGCAACAUUUAAUCGUCUGGUUGAACGUGUAGCUCAAUCUUUUCGCCAUGCCCAGCCCUCGGUUAGAAAACAACAUAAUGCGGGGUACAAGCACAAGGCGAACGUGAGAAUUUACUAUCAACAAUACGAGGCGCAAUUAAAUCAAAGCUUUAUUGAUCAAAAAGUUAAGGAACAUCUGGUAGGAGGUGCAUUUAGGCCUCCAGUGGCUCCUUAUAAUCAGCUGAGACCUGGUAUGCCGAUUAUACCGCCUCCAUUACCAGUUCCAGGGCAGUUGUUUCCCGGUGCCCCGUCAGUCCCCGGGUUUAGACCUCCUGUCUUUCCAAGGCCCAUGCCUGGAGUUCCAGGCUAUGCAGCUGGUCCUCCCAUGCCUCAAAUGCCUCCUCCGGGUGCUCCUUUGACCGGUCAACCAAACGGUCUCCAAAGACCUGGAACAGUUCCUCUUCCUCCUCCUCCAGCAAUGGUUCCUAGUUCUGGUGGAAUCCCAACCAGUGGUGGCCCACCAAUGUAUGCACCACCUGUGACUUUGCCUGCAACUGCAACUGGUGCUGAAGGUUCUAACGUUAAUGCUCAGGCUCCUGAGGCCAAUUGA